UCUUCGUAAAGCUUAAUAUAGAUUCCUUCUAGAGUUAAUUGAGCCCUGGAAACCAAAAAGGAUGUUUGUUUUCGUGUGAGAAAUCACUGCCACGCCCUAUCAUUUAACAGCAAGACGUAAACACAUGGCAUGAACUGCAAAGAAUGUCCAUCGAAAAUGAAAAGAAGAAAUGCUGCAAACCUUUUAAUACUGGCAGCUUUUCAAGUUGAAAGACUAGUUGUACCAGUCAGCCCGGAUAGAUCAGCACGAUGGAGACCGAAAAGCAGGAUACAUCUACCAUCGAUGAUCCGUACCGUUGGGGCGACUACAUUCGCCCCGUCAGGAUAACCGUGUGGACGUGGAAAAUCUGUGGUCUUUACAACGGGAAGCCACAGACAACACGGUACCGUGUGUACCGUGCCGUGUUCAACAUCUUCCUGAUGGUAGUGUACCUGUUCACGCUGUCGCUCAACGUGUUCGUGAUGCAAACGUUCGAGCAGCUGGUCCUGUACAUCAUGUACAUCGUGUUUACGGAGAUUGUCAUGGCACUGAAGGCGCUCGUCACUUACUACAAGUUCGAUCAGCUGUGUGACCUGUACCGCCAGACGCUCGGCAGUGACUUUAAACCGCUCGACGCCGAAGAAGAACAGCUGCACCGCAAGGGAGUUGCAAGUAUUAACCACUAUCUGUAUCCGUACCUCGUGACGACGAACUUGGCCGUCGCUAGUUCGUGCCUGUACCUGCUGCAAGACGAUUACCGGCUGCCCUACUUUCCCUGGAUACUGGGCAUCGAGUAUGGGCCGACGAAGCGUCUUAACUAUGGGCUGCUGUUUGCUUACCAGGUGAUCGGCAUGUAUCUGCACAUGCUGAUCAAUGUAGCGAUCGACGUGCAGCUGUCCUAUCUGCUCGGGAUGAUCAGCAUCCAUUCCGGGAGUCUUUCGUCGGCUUAA